AUGUCUUCAAAGAGAAAGAAACAAGCUACCAUUGGAGAAAUGUAUAGGUGGACCAGAGAGAAGGAUUCUGGAACUUCUGGUAAUUUAGUGUUAAAUGAACAAUAUCAUAAUAAGGAUCUGAGAGAAACUUAUAAGGAAAUUUUUGGGUCUUCUUUUGAGGAUGAUUCAAAUGAAGAAAUAUUUCAAUCUGGGGAAGGGGAUAGUAUUAAUGUUGAAAUUGGGGAGGGAUCAAAUAUUAAUCAAGGGAAGGAAAAAGUAAAAAGAAAAUUUCGAAUGGAAUGGCUAGAGAAAUUUGUGUGGUUAAACUAUUUGAAGCAUGAUGGUAAGAUAGUAAUGAAAUGCAAAUAUUGUGAGAAAUAUAAGUUGCCAGGACCAUGGGGGAUAGGGAGUGGAUGUAUUAAUUUACAACGUGAUGCUCUUGUCACUCAUGAAAAAUCUGUGAUACAUAAAGAUGCUCAAACAAGAUGGAUUAAUGCGUCAGAAAAAAAGAUAAAGUCUAUUCCUGAUCAUAUUUUAGAGGUUGAAGAUGUCAAUAGGGAAAGAGUAAUUACCACAUUGAAAACAACCUAUUUUGUUUGUCAGGAAGAUUUAUCUUUAUCUAAGUAUGAGAAGAUAUGUAAAUUUCUCAUGGAUUUAAGAACUCCUAAUAUGCCAAAAUAUCAAGACUAUUCAGCUUACACAAAUCAUAAGGGUGCAAAUGAUUUUCCUUUUUGCAUAUCAAAAUAUCUUGAGCAAAUUCAAACAGAUGAGAUGCUGAAAAGUCCUUUUUUUUCAAUAAUGAUUGAUGAAAGUACUGAUCGAAGCUUAGAGAAACAUCUUGUUGUUUAUGCAAUAUAUUUGACAUUAGAGGGUCAUGGGGCACCUAUAUCUAUGUUUAUGAAAAUGAUGUCUGUGUCAGAUGGAAAAGGGAAAACCAUAUAUGAUACUAUCAAUCAAUUGAUGAAUGAUAGAGGUCUUUCACUAACAAAACUAAUAGUUGUCUCAACAGAUGGUGCUUCUGCAAUGGUUGGGCGUGAAAAUGGGUUUGUUUCUCUUAUGAAACAAAAUAUUCCAAAUCUUAUUUCAAUCCAUUGCAUAGCUCAUCGUGAGUCACUAGCAGUAGCAGAUGCUUCUAAAAAGAUACCUGAAUUAUUAUUUGUUGAAAAAAUAGCAAAUAAAGUGCAUUCAUGGAUCCAAAAUUCACCAAAGAGAAAUAAUGAGUUGAAUGAAUUACUUAGAGUUAUGGAAAUUGAUGUUUUGAAUGUUUUGCAAAUCCACACAAUCAGAUGGUUAUCCAGAGGAGAAGUCAUAAUAAGGCUUGUGAAGCUUAUGCCAGCCAUUUUAACUUUGUGGAAAAAAGAUAAGAAGUGUUCAACAUUAUAUGAAAAGACAAGGAUUUAUUCUGUUCAAUUUUGUUUGCAUAUUCUUGCUGAUGUUUUGGGUGAACUAGAUAAAUUGAAUAAGAUUUUUCAAGAAGAAAAUGUAGACAUUACUGUUAUUGGUUUGGCUCUUGAUGAAGCAAUAGGAAAUUUAUAUAGAUGGUUUUUGAGGAAAGGUACAUUUGCAGAAGGUACAACUUAUCUUUCAAAAUUCUUGAUUGAUUCUCAAUUUGGGUGUAUUGAAGUCAAAGAAGAUGGUGUCACUGAUAAACAUGAAUUUCUAUACAUCCCUAUUCCAAUUGAGGGAUUUCAGUCUGGUGAUUUAGGGAAGCAUUCCAUGCAACCUCGUAUUGAAGGAACAAAACAAAGUUGUCAACGCUUGACAGAAGGCUAUAUCCAAUCUCUCAUUGAUUCUUUAAAUGAAAGAUUUCCAGAUCUUCCUCUAUUUAAUGCAGCAAAACUUUUCAGCCCUUCUUAUUAUCCAUUAGAUCAUCAAACUCGAGAUAAUGUCUCAGAGCGUUGGCUUGAUAAGCUUCUCCAACAUUUACAACACACUACAAAUAAUGUAUCCAUAUUUGAUGUGAAUGGUUGCAAAAGAGAGUUAAACUCUUUUGUUGGCUCAUUGCAUUCAAGUUGUGAGGGUUUUAAGAUGAAAGAUGCAUGGAGUGUCUUUCGUAACACAGAAUAUUGGCAUAGAAGCUAUCCUCAUAUGAUGAAGUUAUGGCAAGUUGUUCUUACUAUUCUUGCAAGUACUGUUGAUUGUGAAAGAGGGUUUUCAAAACAAAACAUCAUCAAAGAUGUUAGAAAGUCAAAGCUAGCUUUGGAUACAUUGGAUGCAUUAAUGAGGGUAUCCUUAAAUAGGUCUGAAAUAAAUGAUGUAAAUUGGAAUGAAGUAUAUCAUAUAUGGAAGAAUACAAAGUCAAGAAGAGUUCUUGACCUUUGA